GAAGGGCUGCAGCUCACAGCAACAGAGUUUAGACUGUCUUUGCUUCAUCAUCUGAAGGUAAAAUUUUCCAGCCACAGCCGGCGGCUCGCAGAGUACAAUAAACAGGGACGGACGGAGAACUCUUUGCAUGGACCUCUCUUCCUCAUGAUGCGGUGGAGAAGUCGCGGCCACUCGGUCCUGCCAGAUGCUCUUGGGGUUACUGUACAUGGGGAGAACAAGCAGAGCUAAACAAGAGUUUAAAAAGGACAAAGGAACGGAAAACACCAUCUUGCCCAAAGACGAAGAUCUGAGUGGCGUGUUUUCCAGCAUCCCCCGGAACUGGGAGCAUCAGAACUGAUAUCUUCCCAACGAGCGCCAUUGCAUCAAAGUCACUUUAUCAAGGAGAGGUGUAUCAGCAAAAGAGCCAGGAGGCUAGAAGCCUGGGAGCCAGAGAUGACAGUGAGCACGCUUGGCUUGUGGCUCGCAGUCUUCCAGUGGGGCCUAUUGAUCGGCGAAUGACCGCCUGCUGAUAAGCUGUCUCUUCCCUGUUCCCUGGAUUGGACUUCAUUAAGGAAUUCAUUACUUUCCUUCAGACUUACAUGUGGGAGUUUCCACAGUAGUACUUUGGGGGUCAUUGAGACUUGGAUCGAUUUCAUCAUUUAACAGAAAGGAACAGAAUCGAAAGUCCUUCUCAUCAUGGCCUUGAACGUUGCCCCAGUGAGAGACACCAAGUGGCUGACCCUGGAAGUCUGCAGACAGUACCAGAGAGGAACAUGCUCACGCUCCGACGAAGAAUGCAAAUUCGCUCACCCCCCAAAAAGUUGCCAGGUUGAAAACGGAAGAGUAAUCGCCUGCUUUGAUUCCCUCAAGGGCCGCUGUUCGAGAGAGAACUGCAAGUACCUCCACCCUCCAACACACUUAAAAACUCAACUAGAAAUUAAUGGGAGGAACAAUUUGAUCCAGCAAAAGACCGCAGCAGCGAUGCUUGCCCAGCAGAUGCAAUUUAUGUUUCCAGGAACGCCACUCCAUCCUGUGCCCACUUUUCCUGUAGGUCCCACCAUGGGGACAAAUACAGCUAUUAGCUUUGCUCCUUACUUAGCGCCUGUCACCCCUGGAGUUGGGUUAGUUCCAACAGAGAUUCUACCAACUACACCUGUCAUUGUUCCCGGAAGUCCACCCGUCACUGUCCCGGGCUCAACUGCAACUCAGAAGCUUCUCAGGACUGAUAAACUGGAGGUAUGCAGGGAGUUCCAGCGAGGAAACUGUGCCCGGGGAGAGACAGACUGCCGCUUUGCACACCCGGCAGACAGCACCAUGAUCGACACAAACGACAACACCGUAACCGUUUGUAUGGAUUACAUAAAGGGGCGUUGCAUGAGGGAGAAAUGCAAAUAUUUUCACCCUCCUGCACACUUGCAGGCCAAAAUCAAAGCCGCGCAGCACCAAGCCAACCAGGCCGCGGUGGCCGCCCAGGCAGCCGCGGCCGCGGCCACAGUCAUGACUCAGUCGACUGCCAAAGCACUGAAGCGACCUCUCGAAGCAACUGUAGACCUGGCCUUUCCUCCCGGUGCUCUUCAUCCUUUACCAAAGAGACAAGCUCUGGAAAAGAGCAACGGUGCCAGCACCGUCUUCAACCCCAGCGUCUUGCACUACCAGCAGGCUCUGACCAGUGCGCAGCUGCAGCAGCACGCGGCGUUCAUUCCCACAGGGUCAGUUUUGUGCAUGACACCUGCUACCAGUAUUGUACCCAUGAUGCACAGCGCUACGUCCGCCACUGUCUCUGCAGCAACAACUCCUGCAACAAGUGCCCCCUUCGCAGCAACAGCCACAGCCAAUCAGAUAAUUCUGAAAUAAUCAACAGGAAUGGGAUGGAAUGCCAAGAAUCUGCAUUGAGAAUAGCUAAGCAUUGUUACUGUACAUACUAUCCUGUUUCUUCCUCGAUAGAAUUGCCACAAACUGCAUGCUAAAUUUAGUUCUUCUGGACAGACCACAACCCUAAGGCUAGUUCUGCUAUGUCAUAUAUGAGUAUUAAAUAUGGUAUGCUUAGUAUAUUCCAGCUAAGAUAGUUAACUACCUGAGACCAGCUGCGACGUUCAGAGACAUAAAAGAUGGGGUUUUCUUUUACAGGGUUCUAAGCCUAGUUUCUGUCCUAGGAAUAUUGUCUCAUCUCCGUAACUAUAGCCGAUGCAGAAAGUCCAGCCGAUAUACUCAUUUCGACUCAGAAUAUUUCAAAUUUAGCAAUAAACAGUUAGCAUUAGUUUAAGUACUUAUUCCAAGGGCAGGUUCGAUUCUAACUCCAAGCGCCGUCAUUUCAUUUCCCGACUGGAUCCAAGGGUAUGAUUCACUUCUUGAGGAGACGAGAGCGGCGGCAAAGAUGAGAAGUGAAGUAAAACAGAAAACCUGCCUCGCGGGUCUAAAAUUUGAAUGGCAGUUCAAGCACAAUUGCUGGGGACACAUCAAAGAGUGCGAUUCAGUUUGCCUGGCGAUGCCGCACUGAAUCAUGGGAUUCUAGAGUCACGUUGCUUAGAUUGAAAAAAAAAAAAAAACUUUGCACGGUAUGAGCUUCAUACCCCACCCAACAAAGUCUUGAAGGUAUUAUUUUCCAAGUAUAUUUUUAAAGUUGUUUUAUAAGAGAGACUUUGUAGAAGUGCCUAGAUUUUGCCAGACUUCGUCCAGCUUGACAAGAACGAAAGGCUCACGCCAAUAGUUGAAUCUAAGGGAUUGGUCUUUCAAACUCCACCCCCGACACACACCCGCCCGCCCCCGGUUGCCUGUUACCGAAUAGCUCUUUAUUCUAAAAACCUAGUCCAACAGGGAAGCUGUAGGUGGGGAGGUCUGUAUAAUAUUCCAGUUUAAGUACGUCUCGGUUUAGUCACUGCGGAUACAGACUGUGACUUUAAUCUAAAUUCCUAUGUAAACAGAAGAAGCCGGUAGUCUCACUUAGAGUAUCCAUUACUGUUUUUGCAUUUCAAAAGUUGGACUGAAGGGUUGUAACUAACUACAGCAUGGAAAAACAUAGUUCUUUUAAUUCUUUCACCUUAAAGCAUAUUUUAUGUCUCAAAAGUAUAAAAACUUUAAUACAAGUACAUACAUAUUAUAUAUACACAUACAUAUAUAUACUAUAUAUGGAUGAAACAUAUUUUAAUGUUGUUUACUUUUUUAAAUACUUGGUUGAUCUUCAAGGUAAUAGCGAUACAAUUAAAUUUUGUUCAGAAAGUUUGUUUUAAAGUUUAUUUUAAGCACUAUCGUACCAAAUAUUUCAUAUUUCACAUUUUAUAUGUUGCACAUAGCCUACACAGUACCUACAUAGUUUUUAAAUUAUUGUUUAAGAAAUGAAACAGCUGUUAUAAAUGGAUAUUAUGUGUAAUUGUUUAAAACAUCCAUUUUCUUUGUGGACAUUUUAGUGAUUGAAGUAUUUUGACUUUUGAGAUUGAAUGUAAAAUAUUUUAAAUUUUGGUAUCAUCGCCUGUUCUGAAAACUAGAGGCAUCAACCAUACCAAUUUUUUUUGAUUGAGGAAAAAAAUCUGCAUUUAAUUCAUGUUGGUCAAAGUCUAAUUACUAUUUAUCUUACAUCAUAGAUCUGAUAACUGUAUCAAAAGAGAAAUCACGUUCUGAGUAUAAUCUUGCGUAGUGCUUGUAUGCUGUCUGUUUUAAUUUGUGGAUAGGUAUUGUAUCUAACUUGUAUCACUUCGCUAGUUUUCAUCUUUAUGUAUUAUUGAUAUUUGUAAUUUUCUCAGUUAUAACAAUGUAGUUACGCUACAACUUGCCUAAAACACUCAUACUUAUUUUUUUCUUUGUUUAUUCAUUUAAACUCAUUGAGAAGUUAGUAGACGCUACUAAAAGGUAAAUUAUGGGAAUCACUGAAAUAUUUUUGUAGACUAAUUGUUGUAACUGUCUUUUUUUUCUUUCAUUUCAUGAUUUUUAUUUUAAAAAUUAUUAGCACAUAGCUAUUUUCAGCCCUUUAAUAAUGGAGCAUCAAAAACAUCACCUGUAUCCCCCAGCAAA